AAACUGUGCUACUACUUCCGAUAAACCGAAGGAAGAAAAUUAGGUUUCCGAUUUCCUAAUACCAUGGAGCCAUCAUCGCCCAUCCACUCUCUUCACCUUGUCAUGGCGGCUCUCGUCGGAGCUUCCUUUAUGGCUAUUUCCGCUUAUUACGUCCACAAGCGCAGUGUCGAUCAGGUGCUCGACCACCUCAUUGAGAUCCGUCGCAAGUUGCCCCAAAGAGAUAGAAGCCGCCGACUCUCGUCUGAUGACGAAGAAGCAGAGCUAGGGGAACUGGGAAAUGUAGAAGGGUGUGGAGAUGAGGGAGAGUUUGAUUCCGAUGGAGAGGUGUUUGGCGGGCGUAAUAUGCGGGCGUGGAGUGUUUCGGGAUCGUUUCAAGAACGAAUGGAAGUGUUCAGGAGUUUUCCGGUUUCAAGUUCGGUGCCUAAUGUGGCUUUGGGUAAUCAGUGGUUAGAGGAGGAUUCGAAGUUUGAUGAAACGGUGAGGCCUAGGUUGCAGAAUUUUUCUGCCGCGUCUGUGGAUAGGCUCAAUUUUAUUCCGUCUGGGCUUCCUUCUCUACAAACGGCUAGAAGAGGGGAAGAUCAGCCUAUCAACUGUAGUGGUUCAAUUCUGAGGCUGGCUUCUUAUGGCCGUCUAAUGACUCCAAGAUCUCCUGGGGGAAGCACUGUAGAAUCUGAUGAUGAAGGAACAGAGCUUGCAAAUGAAGAUGAUGAUCUUUUCAACUAUGGGAGUUUAGUUUCUUCUGGUGAUUUGAUAAAUGAUGUUGGUUCAAAAGUUCAAAGUUCUAUUACCAUUCCAUUUGCUGGAGAUGGUGUGAACCAUGUUCAAGAUAUUUACCACAAGGAUGCUGGAAAUGAAGCAAAAGCAUAUAAUGAUCUACAUGGAAGUGGAAAAAUUGAUGCAGACUCCUUAAACAUAGUUGGGGAUGGUGCCACUUUUGCCAACAUUUUACCAUCGAGAACUGCAUUUCAUGGCCCAACAAAUGUAGAAGAGGAAGAAGUAAGGAAGGUGAUUCGAGAGUGUUUGGAUUUGCGAGACUGUUAUGUCUACAGGGAAGAGGUUGCACCAUGGAAGAAAGCACCCGUGUCAGAAACCAAAACUCCAAAGAUGAAAAGUGAUCUGUUUCACUUUGAACCUGUUGAAAAAACUAAUCAUCACUUUAGGAUGGAAGAUGGAGUUGUGCAUGUUUAUGCAAAUGAAACGGACACUGAAGAGCUCUUUCCAGUGGCAAGUUCAAUGAAAUUUUUCACUGAUAUGCAUAAUAUUCUAAAAGUUAUGUCUGCUGGAAAUGUUCGUUCUGUUUGCUAUCAGAGACUAAGAUUUCUUGAAGAGAAGUUCCGCCUCCAUCUGUUAGUAAAAGCAGACAGGGAGUUUCUGGCUCAGAAGAGUGCUCCACAUCGUGAUUUCUACAAUAUCCGCAAGGUUGAUACCCAUGUGCAUCAUUCUGCAUGCAUGAACCGGAAACAUCUGCUUUGUUUCAUCAAAUCAAAACUAAAAAUGGAACCUGAUGAGGUUGUUAUAUUUAGAGAUGGAAAGUAUAUGACAUUAAAGGAGGUUUUUGAGAGUUUGGAUUUGACUGGAUAUGAUCUCAAUGUUGAUUUGCUGGAUGUUCAUGCUGAUAAGAGUACCUUCCAUCGAUUUGAUAAGUUCAAUCUUAAAUACAAUCCUUGUGGGCAAAGCAGACUCAGAGAGAUUUUCUUAAAGCAAGACAAUCUCAUCCAAGGUCGAUUUUUGGCAGAAGUAACAAAGGAAGUUUUAUCAGACCUAGAAGCAAGCAAAUACCAGAUGGCUGAGUACAGGAUCUCCAUAUAUGGGAGGAAAGAAAGUGAAUGGGACCAGCUGGCAAGUUGGUUCAUUAACAAUGAAAUUUACAGUGAGAAUGCUGUUUGGUUAGUUCAGGUACCUCGACUAUAUAAUGUCUACAAGCAAAUGGGAAUUCUGAAAUCUUUUCAGAAUAUUCUAGACAAUGUGUUCAUUCCAUUAUUUGAAGUUACAGUUGAUCCCAGUUCUCAUCCCCAGCUACAUGUGUUUCUAUUGCAGGUUGUGGGUUUUGAUUUGGUAGAUGAUGAAAGUAAACCAGAAAGGCGUCCUACUAAGCACAUGCCUAAACCUGCUGAAUGGACCAACGAUUUUAAUCCUGCAUAUUCUUAUUAUGCUUAUUACUUCUAUGCUAACUUGUACACACUCAACAAGCUUCGUGAGUCAAAAGGACUGCCAACUAUAAAGCUUCGGCCUCACUGUGGGGAGGCUGGCGACAUUGACCAUUUAGCGGCUGCUUUUCUUCUGUGUAAUAAUAUAUCUCAUGGAAUUACUUUGCGGAAGUCCCCUGUUUUGCAGUACUUAUAUUAUCUUGCUCAGAUUGGAUUGGCAAUGUCACCUCUGAGCAACAAUUACCUUUUCCUGGAAAUUGAUCGUAACCCAUUUCCGACAUUUUUCCAGCGUGGCCUUAAUGUUUCACUUUCCACUGAUGAUCCCUUGCAAAUUCAGUAUACAAAAGAACCGCUUGUGGAAGAAUAUAGUGUUGCCGCACAGGUCUGGAAGCUCAGUUCUUGUGACUUAUGUGAGAUAGCAAGAAAUUCGGUUUAUCAAUCUGGAUUUUCACAUGAGGCAAAGUCGCAUUGGCUUGGUAAUAAAUACAUCUUGAGAGGCCCGGAAGGAAAUGAUAUCCACAAGACAAAUGUGCCAAAUCUAAGGAUUGCCUUUAGACAUGAGACAUGGACAGAGGAGAUGCAGUAUGUAUACUCAGGAAAUGCCAGGAUUCCAGAGGAAAUAGACCCUUAAUGUAAUCAAAAUGUGGAGCACGAAGUUCAUUCCCAUGCUGUGCCGUAAUUUCAAUACCAAGGACUUAAUUUCCAACUGGAGUCAGGAAGAAUCAUUCUUGCAUAAUUUUUUGCUACACAUCCCAAGUUUGGUCAAGCAGAUGGGAUUCCACAUUUUUUUGUAGGAAUCAUGAGAAAUUUAGCUGUGUACGAUUUCUUAAGUUUUUUUGGUAUGAUUUCUUGAGUUAUAUUUGUACCAACUACAGGCCUUAAUUGUUUUAUUAUUCACUAAUAAAUAUUAUUUAUUUGA